GGCAAGAGGCAGACGGAUACCCCUGAGGGGAGGAGUUACAGCCUGUGGGCUCUUUGGUAUUUGCUGAAACAAUAACACACCUGUCAUUUCAUGUUGGAGAGAGAGGAAGGUAGAUAGAAAGAGAAGAAAGUCAAAAAUUUAAGACCAAGUUGCUUCCCUAAAAUCAGUUUGAGAAACAGCAUCAGGCAUCUCACCUCGAGGCAGUGGAUAGCAGAAAAACACUGAGGGCAUGGGAACGUUGCAGUUAAAGAUGCUGAAGCUUUUCUUUUUAUUGACCUUCACUGGGAUAUGCUUGGCUCAAAAUGACAUCAGGUUGUCAGUGUUCACGGUGACAUCAAAGAGCAUGACAGUGCAGUGGAGCGGCCACACUGGUGCCAGCUCCUACAAGAUCACAGCAACCCCCAAGAACUCCCCGGAAAGACCCGUCUUUGCUCAGUUCGGUGGCAACACAGUCAUGGGCUCAGUUAACUCCCUGUCACCAAACACGGUGUACACCAUGCAAUUAGAAGCUAUGGACAAUAAUCUCAGAGUGCUCAGCAGUGCAAAGACUGAGGAGACGACAGCCCCUGAUGUACCCAGCAUUGGGCAAGCCUACUCCAAAAACAGCGACAGCAUCACUGUUGAGUUCACAGAGGUAUCUGGAGCAACCAGCUACAUCCUGAGGGCAGAGUCAAAGACAGGUGAUUUCUUCAAGGAGAGCACUGUGAGCAGCUCUCCAGGCACCAUAGUGGAGCUCCAGCCAUACACAGACUACGUCCUCAGCGUCAUGUCCGUCAACUCAGGCGGGAGAAGCCAGCCAUCCUACCCCACAGAGGCCAGGACAGUUGUAAUGGCUCCCAACUUGAACACAUCCUCUCCUACCAAUGGCACCAUCCUUGUGACCUGGGACCCAGUGAAGGACGCCGUCCUCUACACGCUGGUCAUCAUCCGAGAGGGAUCCAGCACCCGCCUCAAACUCAACACCACUGACACCACUGUGACGUUUGAUGACCUUGAACCAGGAACUACAUACUGUAUUAAGGGCACGGCAUGGGACUCUGAGGGUCGCACUGGUGAUGAUGUCACUGCCUGUCAAAUUACACGUCCUCAGAGCCCAGAUGUGACUCACGUUCAGGUGACUCCAGGACGGGCUCUUGGGAUCGCUGUAUUCUGGUCGCAAGUGAGGGGUGCUAAUCUCUACUUAGUCUGGACCUCUAACGGCCAAAACUGUUCCACAGAAAACAAUUACUGUUACAUUAAUCCUGCGGACUGUGGACAAAACCACUCAGUCUAUGUCAUAGCCUAUAACGAUGCUGGACCCAGCAGCCCCUCUCAACCAGCUAACUACAUAACAUACCCAUGUCCGCCAGAGAACAUCUGGGUGGAGGAGCCCAGAGCGGGUAACUGCUCCGUGAUGUGGGACGGAGUGCCACUGGUGGAGUACUACAUGGCGUUCAUAAAGCGGGAUGAUGGAAUGGAGACGUUCUGUAACACCAGUGUAACUACCUGCCCAUUUUCCUGCAUGUGUGGCUACACCUACCUCACUACCGUAUUCCCCUACAACCAGGCUGGCUCCAGCCCUUAUGGACAUGUCCGCAACUACACCACCAUCCCUUGUUGCCCACAGGAUGUUAUGAUAAAGCUGGUUUCUACGGAGACCCUGGAAAUCAUGUGGACACCAGUCAAAGGAGCCGAACUGUAUGAGACGACAGCAGCACAGACUAAAGACGUCAUCCACUGCAACGACACAGCACCGGUGUGUGCGCUCUCAGAUUUGAGUUGCAACACAGCGUAUUCUGUGACCGUGACACCUUGCAGCGAUUUACGAGGAUGCAACCACACCUGCAAGCCGCAAACACAUGAGACAGCUCCCUGCACUCCAGAGAUCCUGAAUAUGACUCAGACCAACAGUUCCACAUACAGAAUCUUCAUCACCACACCCAACACCCCCAACACGAAUUACACCAUCACUGCCACUGGACGCUAUGACAGACAAAUCUGCCAGUCGAUGAACAGCUCCUGUGUGCUCACGCAACUGCCCUGCGGCUCGGUCUACGAGGUUACAGCAGUGGCCACAACAGCUGUGGGGAAAAGUCUGCCAGGAUUCAGUAAAACUUUGGAAACAGGCCCUUGCUGCCCCAUGUCUGUGAACGUGACCCAGGUCACCCAAGCUAUGACCAAUGUGACCUGGUCACCUAGCACUGGAGCUCGCUCAUUCAUUACCUCCCUGACAUCACCACGAGGGUAUGCCAAAUGCCACACUCUAGACACCAACUGCCUGAUGGGAUGCAUCACCUGUGGAACCAACUACAGCGUCAACCUGGAAGCAAUCAGCAGCACAGGACAGAAAUCAGAGUGCAAAUAUCGUGGAUUCUCUUCCAGUGCCUGCUGUCCAACGGGCGUCAAGCUCUAUCGCAGGACCAACAACACCCUGAGGGUAUACUGGCGUUCGCUCGGCCCUCAGAUCUAUAAUCAUACAGUGGAGCUGUAUGGCACCGGAGCAAACUACACCUGUAUGGCAGCUGCAGGCAGCAUGUACUGUGACAUCCAGGAGGAAACAUGUGGGGAUGUCUACACAGUGGUGGCAGCACCUGUGGAAAAGUACGGGAGCAAAGUCACCUUCUGCCAGCCCAGGACGUACUCAGUUCCCUGCCCUGGAAGUAACGCUGGCAUGGUAAUUUCUCGUGCGAGACGAAGUGUGAAUUAACUGUGUGUGAACACCCCGACCACCGACACAGCAACAAGGACAGAGGACGAUGUUUACACCAGCAAUAACUGUGAAGACUCUGUAUACCCCGAUGACACUGAGUCUGAUAAUAAUUAAUAUCUGAUAAAAAUGAAUAUCUAUUAACUAAUAAACUUGAAAAUAAAUAUUAAAAUCAAAGCUAAACAAACUUGAAAAACAGGAAAAAAAAAAUGUGGGCAUUUACUGAGAGCAAUAUUUUAUAAUUGUUUUUAAAAUAAGUGUUUUACUAUUGGCUCCGCGACUCCUCAUGUUUAACUACACUUCCUGUUUCAGUUAGAAGUAACAUUGUGAAGAAACAAGGAAUGACAACUAUUAAAUAUGGAAAAGAAACAGAGGUUGAAACUUUACGCUGAGACCCCAACUUAAAAGUGUCAUAGCAGUAAUCAUUCAAAAGGAAAGCGAAUUUUAAAAUAAUAUAUUAGGACUUCUCCAAGUAGAGGACCUCCAUAUGGCUUCAGUUUGAUGUCUCCUGGUUGUGAAGCUUGAACGUGGGGCAGCAGGGAUCCGUCUCGUGGAGUCUGUGGAUGACUCAUCUGAUCAUAUUGCCGGAGAAAUAUUGCAUGUCACAUCUGCUUUCAUCGGAUUUGUUUUCUCCCAGAUGACAGAUGAAAAAAAAUAAAGCAAAUUUUU